AUGAUUUCAUCAUCUUUAGGGGUGAGGACGCUCGCUCCAACUUCACUGGCCACCAAUAUAGACUGCCAACCCCCCAAAGGACAUGAGAUCUCACCAUCACUUCUGCGAGCAAUCGAGGAUUCAUGUUAUGCUUCUUCGAGAUUGUACUCGGAAGUUAAUGGGCAGAUCGUUAUUCCUGUCUUCUAUAUAGUUGAGCCAUCUCAUGUGCGCAAUCAGAUUAGGCUUUACGAGCAAGCCUUUGAGAAAUUUGAGAGAGAUCUCAAGGACAACCAGCAUAAGAUGCAAAUCUGGAAGCAAGCUUUCAACGAAGCUGCAAACUUAGCUGGUGACGACUCUCACACAUGCAGGUAA